AUGUCCCGUAGCGUCAUUCUCAAUCAUUCCGGUUGGGACACAAUAGACCUCAAGGACACGCUAAGCCCCCCGCUGUACAGCACAUUCCUCCAUGAGCUCCUCACCAAUCUCUAUGAAGAGAAGCCCGCCGGCCCAGCACAAAACGAAGCGCCAUCUACAACAAAGAGCUUUACAAACACCAACUUCGGCACCAACCCUCCCCUACCACCAAUCUACCGCAACCUCUCACGCACAUCUGUUCCUACCCCCUACACCUACGACUACGACCAUGACUACGACGACGAUUCCGAGUAUUACCAUGACUACUGCCACCAUCAAGCCUUCACCACACCCUAUCAGAAUUACGGUUACCAUGCAUCCGUACAUGCACAUGUACAUGUACACACAGUACACUCAGCAGCUAGUAGCGGCAAAGAAAACUUGAACAACAGCUCGAACAUGAUGAACGAACCGUGCUACUAUGAAACCCUCGACUUCGAAGACUACCUCCAUCCCAAGCAUCCCAACCACCACGCGACUCAGAGUCCAUCGUCACAUGCACCAGCCCCCUUUCCGACGCAACCACCUCCCUACUACUCGUCCACCACCUGCCCCCCUUACUCCCAAUACCACCAUCACCACCACCACCACCACCAUCAACGGCAUAGCGGCGAUACCGAAAAACAACUCGCCAGUCGGUUGGUGGAGGCGUAUCGGACCAUCGCCCCAAAACCACCUAAAGCCCUCCAGAUGGACUUAGAGAAAGGCUUACCUGAAGAAUUCAAUUCUGAGUUCGGAAUCGCCCGCAGGGAGCCAGAGCGGAGUCGGGGCUUGGGUGCCGUAUUCAAUGUUAUAAGGACGUUCUUUCUCGCCAUGCUUGUGACGUUUGUGCUGCUGGCGAUGAGAAGGGUCGCAGGGAAAUGGGGGAGAGCAGGGUGCGGUGAAUCAUGGCUCUGUGGAAGGAGUCUGUUAGGGGAUCACAGCACGCCUCUCAUGGGUAUGUUAGAUGCAACCGCUGGCAGUCGGGGCCGGGAAUAA